GUGUUUGACUGUGAGUCUGAGGGAAGCUCUAGUGUGUCCCGUGCUUUGCGCUGUGACCGGCUACUAGGAGCUGUGAGGAGAGCAGGCGAGCUGGGGAUCCGCGCCAUGGUGAACGCGGCCGCCGUCCCCACGCGGGAUGCGGUGACCUAUGAGGAUGUGUAUGUGAAAUUCACUCAUGAAGAGUGGGCUUUGCUGAAUCCUUCCCAGAAGAGUCUCUACAAAGAUGUGAUGCUGGAGACAUGCAGGAACCUCACUGCUAUAGGUUACAAAUUGGAAGACAACAUUGAAGAACACUGUCACAGUUCUAGAGGACGUGGAAGAUACAAGUCUUGUGAGCAUAAGGGACAUGGAAAGAAGCAAUGUACCUUUGCACAGAAGAGUUUUCUUCAAACAUAUGAAAGGAUCCAUACUGAAGAGAAACCCUAUGAAUGCAAUCAGUGCAGUAAAGCCUUUGCAAAUUUCCGUAGUCUUCAAAAACAUGAAAAAUAUCAUACUGUAGAAAAACCCUAUGAAUGUAAUCACUGUGGUAAAGCCUUUCCAAGUCCCAGUGCUCUUCAAAUUCACCAAAGAACUCACACUGGAGAGAAACCAUAUGAUUGCAGUGAGUGUGGGAAAGCCUUCACAAGUAAAAGUAAUCUUCAAACGCACAAAAGAACUCACACAGGAGAGAAACCAUAUUGCUGCAAUGAAUGUGGGAAAGCCUUUGCAUGUCUCAGUUAUCUUCAAACACAUGAAAACAUUCACACUGGAAAGAAACCUUAUAGAUGUAACCACUGUGGUAAAACCUUUACACGGCGUAGUGGUCUUCAAAUGCAUGAAAGAAGUCAUACUGGAGAGAAACCUUAUGAAUGUAAUCAUUGUGGUAAAGCCUUUGUUUGUAGCAGUAGUCUUCACAGGCAUGAAAUAAUUCAUACUGGAAAGAAACCCUAUAUGUGUAAUCAGUGUGGUAAAACCUUUGCCCGUUAUAGAAAUCUUCGAAAUCAUGAAGAAUAUCAUACUCUUGAUAAACCACAUAAAUGUACUCUAUGUGGUAAAGCCUUUGCAAAUCACAGGAAUCUUUAUAUACAUGAAAGAUAUCAUGCUGGAAAGAAAUUGCACAAAUGUACUCAAUGUGGUAAAGCCUUUACAUGGUCUAGUAGUCUUCAAAUUCAUGAAAGAAGUCAUAGUGGAGAGAAACCUUAUGAGUGUAAUCAAUGCAGUAAGACCUUUGUAUGUUGCAGUACUCUUCAAAGGCAUAAAAGAACUCACAGUGGAGAGAAACCUUAUGAAUGUAAUCAGUGUGGUAAAUCUUUUGCAAGAUGCAGUUUUCUUCAAAUACAUGAAAGAAUUCAUACUGGAGAGAAACCUUAUGUGUGCAAUCAAUGUGGUAAAGCCUAUGCAAGUGGUAGUAGUCUUCGAAAUCAUGAAAAACGUCAUACUAUUGAGAAACCUUAUAAAUGUAAUCAGUGUGCUAAAGCCUUUGCAUGUCUCAGACGUCUUCAAAUACAUGAAAGAAAUCAUACUGGAAAGAAACUUUAUGAGUGUAGUCAAUGUGGAAAACCCUUUACAAGUCAAAAUAGUCUUCAAAUACACAGGAGAACUCAUACUGGAGAGAAGCCAUAUAAAUGUAGUCAAUGUAGUAAAGCCUUUGCAUGUUGCAGUAAUCUGUAUAGACAUGAAAGAAAUCAUACUGGAGAGAAACUAUGAAUAAUCAUUGUGGUAAAGCAUUUGCAUAUUCGAAUAGUCUUCAUAAUCACAAAAAAUGUCAUUCUGAAGAGAACCCCUUUGGAUAUAAUUGAUUC